AUGUCAUCUAACUUCCUUACUGAGCCGGCCGUGGCCCCGGAUCUACACAUCCCACACUCACCCCACACUGUGGAUGUUCGAGUCCUAGAUGCAGGCACACUUUUGCACCUCAAACCGGGUCUAUUUUACGAGCCCGCACUGGACGGUUUCGAGGCCCAGCACGUACCCACCUACUGCUUCCUCAUCUCCCACGGCGACCGCCAUGUGGUCUUCGAUCUGGGCGUGAGACAAGACUGGGAGAACUCCGCGCCGAAAUUGGUCUCUCUGGUGCGUGAGGCUGCGAUGAUAACGCGCGGCAGUGACAUCGCGACGCUGCUCAACGAGGAUGCGGAAAGACAUGAGAAGGGUGGUGGUUCCGGGCCCGAACUCGGGAUUCGUCCCCGCGAUGUCGAGGCCAUAGUCUGGUCGCACAACCACUUCGACCACACCGGCGACCCGUCAACCUUCCCGCCCACGACACCACUCGUCCUCGGCCCGGGGGUGCGCGCCGCAUCCUGGCCGGGCUACCCCACUAACCCGGAAUCAAUGAUGCUCGACUCAGAUAUCGCGGGAGGCCGGCCCAUCCAAGAGAUCUCCUUUCAAGCAGGAGAAAAAGGGCACGUCCGCAUCGGCCGCUUCGACGCCUUCGACUACUUCGGCGACGGCUCAUUCUACCUCCUUGACGCGCCCGGCCACGCAGUCGGCCACAUGUGCGGCCUGGCGCGCACCACGGCUGACCCCCCGUCUUUCGUACUCAUGGGCGCCGAUAGUUGCCAUCACAUCGGUGUGCUCCGGCCCACGGCGUAUCUACCGCUGCCCCGUGAUGGCCCGUCGCUUCAGGGGUUGGAGACUCGGGCACAAACGACGCAGACAACGCCAUGUCCCUGUCCCGGCGAGCUCCUCGCCAGCCUGACAAAGACGGGACAGCCUGACAGGUCCUUCUUCGAUGUUGCCAAGGGACCAUAUUUCCUGGAUCAUGAACAGUCCAUGGAUACGGUGGGGAAGCUCCAGGAAUUAGAUGCGUCGGAUGAGGUGUUUAUUGUCAUUGCCCACGACCACACUCUGCGGGAUCGAAUGCCUCUUUUCCCGGAGAAGGUGAACGACUGGCGGGAACGGGGUUUGAGCUCUUCGACGCGGUGGUUGUUUUUGAAGGAGUUUGAGGCGGUGAUUGCAAAACGGGCGGCAGAAAGCUGA